AUGGCAAAUCAAACUGUCGCUACCUUUCUUACGUUACCGGUAGAACUUUUCUAUCGAAUUCUGGAUCAUCAAUCGGAUCUCACAAUUCUAUGUACAAUGAGGAACGCAUUGAUUACACUAAAUCUCGGGUAUAGUCAAUUCGAAGAUGCUGGAGCACAACGUUUGGCUGAGGGAUUGCGACGCAAUACAAUACUCACCACACUGACUCUUGAAUGUAAUAAAAUAGGAAAGAUUGGAGCACAACAUCUGGCUGAUGCAUUACGAUACAACAUGGCACUCACUACACUAAAAAUACGAUGUAACCGUAUCGAUGAUGUUGGAGCGCAACAUUUCGGUGAUACAUUACAAUACAACAUGAUCCUUACCACACUCGAUGUCGCAUCUAAUAAAAUAGGACAUAUUGGAACACAACAUUUGGCUGAUGGAUUACGACACAACAUAGCACUCGCCAUACUAAAUCUCGACUAUAAUCAAAUCGGAGAUGUUGGAGCACAACAUUUAGCUAAGAAUUUACGACAUAACACGACACUGACCAUAUUAAAUCUUAAAAGUAAUAAAAUCGGAGAUAUGGGAGCACAAUAUUUGGCUAUUGCAUUACAAUAUAACACAACACUCACCACGCUAGGUCUUGAAUGUAAUGAAAUCGGUCAGAUUGGAGGAAAACAUUUAGCUGAUACAUUACGACGCAACACAGCACUCACUACACUAAAUCUCGACUAUAACCAAAUCGGAGAUGUUGGAGCACAACAUUUAGCAGGUGCAUUAAGACAUAAUACAACACUAACCACACUAAAUGUCGGACGUAAUCAAGUCGGAGACGUUGGAAUACAGCAUUUGGCUGAUACAUUACGAUACAACACAGCUAAUUUAGAAAGUUCAUUAUAUAAUCUUUAUUCUGAACUUCGUUCAUUUCAAAAUGAAUUACUUUAUCAAACAAAUCAUUGUAUUUUUCCUAAUCUUAAUAAAAACUUACUUCAACAUUCAAAAGAAUUAUCGAAUAAAAUAAAUGUUACAACAAAUGAACUUUUUUAUUUAUCAAUUCUUAUUCCUACUAGACAUCAAAAAUGUUCAUUUGCUCCUGAACAAAUAACAUCCGAUUUAAUAUGUCAACGAAUUAAUUCACAAUUUCGUUUAUCACCAAAUAUAAAACUUUAUUUACAAUCAAUAUUUGAUGCACUUAUACAUUCAUUUAAUCAUGAAAUUAAUUUAUUAAAAUUAGAAUUAAAUAUAAAAACAAAACAAUUAUCAUUCUAUCGUCAUUCAUUAACAACUAUUCAUUGUCAAUAUAUACAAAAUUUCAUUCAAAUAUUAUCAACUGGACAACAAUCAUUUAAUAAACAAUUACAAAUACAAUUGUAUGAACCAUUAGUAAAUAUAAUGAAAGAAUUUAAUCGAAUGAAUAAUGAAAAAACUGAUGAAUCAUUAGAAUCAUUUUUAUUUACUUUUAAAAUUCAUAUUGAUCGAUUUAAUGAAAUUAUUCAUGAUCUUUAUCAACAAAUUACAGAUGGUUCAAAAACUAUUGAUUAA